AACUUAUAAUUAGAUCUUAUAAUCAUUUCAUUUACACAUGUGUAGUCAAUAGUCCACAUUGAUUGUGAACAACAUUCAGCGGUGCAAAAAUUACAAUUUAGUUCAGUUCUCAGAGCCGUAAACAACAGAUCAAGUCUGAUUUCAGCGCAAAAUCAUAAUAAUGAGGAAAUAUAUAGAACUUUUCGCUUUUUUGUUGAUUCUAAAAACGAGUUUGUGUUCCAAUGAAAGAUUGGAAAGUAUUAUCGAUGGUUAUGGCCAACUGAUUGAAUCAAAGGAACAAGAACUGCUAUUGCUGGAGUCUCAGAUCAACGACUUGUUAAAGAAGUUAGAUGAAAUUAAGAUCAAUAGUGUGAAUAUCUUGGAGUUGGACGAACUAAGAAAAAGCCUAACAGAAAAUAAGGAACAACUCAAGGCAUGUGAAAGCAAAUACCAGAAUCAGCCGAGCUCCCCAGGAUUCUGGAACACAAUGAAGGAAGUCAUAAAACCAAAACUAGAGGAAAAACUAAAAUCUUUGAGUACAAAAAAUGUCGAAGCCAAUGCAAAAUCUAUGAGUGCCAAAAGUGAGGAAACCAAUGAAACCAGCACAUGGGAUAACAUUAUGAAUAAUUGGAAAGAUAUUCCCCGCCAGAUAAUCGUUUAUUUUUCAGAUAACUGAUAACUAUUUAAAUAAAAGGCCACAUUCAAAUAUUCCAUCCCAGUUAGUUUUUAUGAAUUUUUUUUUUUUAAUAAUAUUUAACCAUUGGAACACCUACCUACCAGUUGAUGAAUUGACCGAUUUCCCUGGCGAAGAGCAAGACAAACGAUUGCUUAUCUAAUGUCCGGCUGGUUUAUGGACCGAAUCGCAUCAUCGUAAACGUUAUUUCCAGAUUUCGACCAGCAGCAAUCAAAACAAAGCCAUCCGAGAGCCAAACGAGAAGAUGCCCAUAUAUCGUCUAAAGGAACGGGCGGUCGCAGUUCUAUGCAAUUAGAGACAGCGCCCUGAUAGAUAAAAACCGAAGGAAAAGUCCCAGAGAUGCGCUCGAACUGUAACAAAUAUAAAUAACAAAGAAAAAACGUAUUUUGUUGGUUUUUUCAGUUUUUUAUGGGCUGGUCCAUAAAAACCACACACAUAACGCGGCGACCAGCGCCUCUGGAUUCAAUCGAGAUGAUACCAUCAUAUCCAGCCAGGGAGACACUUGGCGACUCUGACGACGUGUGGUCCAGGCC